GUCAAGUCCAGCGUCCCGCCACUUUUUCCGCCGUUGGUUCCAGUUCAUCCGUCCAGUAAUCUGGGACUGAGUUCACCAAGCACUCCAGAGCAAGCCUCGUCACAGAUCAAAUCGAGUACACCGUCCGAGAAAUCAGUCAAUCGGACCCCUAUGGAUGACCGAUCCGUUCGACGUCCCCUGUCUUUCGAUCGAAGCCUUCUGGAACGAAUCUUAUCUGCUGGGAUGUUGCGAUCGACGGCUGAGAACCCGGUCACACCUGACGUAUCAGACCACGCUGAUGGGAUCGAGCAAAACGUCCAGCAAUUUCGCGCUUUUCGAAUCGUUUGUGCUGAUCCAACCAGUGGAGAGACACCAAAACGAAACCUGUUGGAGCGUUGUUCCACACUUCAACUGUCCGGUUUAGAUCGAAGCAGUGAGGAUGAACAUGCGGACAAUUCAUUGGAGCGAGCAUGUGAAGGUAUCGCGCGGAACGUUGUUCGUGAAGCCUUUCAUCAAUGGUUAUCGUGUUGUCGAAAACUACGGAUCCUUCGGUCUCGACUGGUAAAUGUUGUCACUCCACGAUUGCUCACUGUCGAUUCUCCCACGGACGCCUCAACUGGGAUUGAUCGGCAGUCCUGGCAACAACUUCGAGACAGUACUGAUACAUGGUCAUCCGCUUGUGUUGAUAUUUGUCUUUCUGUCGCUUACUGUUUGCGCGCAUUGUCUGUAGAAAAUACACCGGUCAACUACGAGGCCGCUGUUUGA